AUGUCGCCUUCAACAAUCUACCCCUCGACUCUACCCGCCCCCUCCUCUCGUCCGCUCAACCUCUCCCACAUCCGACCCGCUCUCCCGUCCGACCCUCUCGACCCUAUCGCUCGCUGUACUGCCCUCCCCGCUCUCCUCGCACGAUCUCAUGCCCACUGGCCCACCGGCCGGCUCGCCCGCAUCGUCCACAUCGCCUCGCGCAUCGCAUGCGUUGCCCGGACCCACGCUCGACUCACCCGCAUCUCCCGCUCGACGCCGCGCUCGCCUGCUCGCUCCAGCUCGAGACCACCGCCGUCCACCACCCCGACACGUCCUCCGCCUCCUCCACCUCCCCUCUACCUCCUCCGCCUCCUCCGCUGUCGCCACCACCACCACCCACACCACCACCACCACCGCUUCCUCCACCUCACGCCGCUCCUCUGA